AUGGGCGUCGAUGCCGUUAUUGCGGAUAGAUACCACCAAAGAUGCCUUCGGUCAUUGAUUCCGGCCUUGUCUUCAUCGACUGCAGUAGUUGACGACAACUUACUCGCGGCAGUGGUGAUCCUUCGGUUCACGGAAGAGGUUGACAUCGGUUCCAUGACACUUGAGUCUCAUUUGAUGGGCACUAGGAUUCUUCUAGCUGCCCAGGCGAACGCCGCCGACUUCAGUAGUCUUCGACUGUCGGCAUUCUGGCUUGCACUCCGGCAGGAGAUUUACAUGGCUUUCGUUCACACUCGGCCCGUGCACCCGAACUUCUUUCCGAGCAUCCGAAGGAUAUUGGAACGCAAAGACGCUGACGAUACUACGGCGGACUGUUACUACGCAAAUAAGGUCAUAGGUAUAUGCGCGGCAUGCCUUAGCCACUGCUACGGCCAAGAAAACCACCACGGAAAGUCGUACGUCGAGUUGAAGCAAGAGCUGGAGGACUGGUGGAGGGAAAAGCCGUGGUACUUUCAACCCAUGUGGGCGAACCAGGACGCCGGUUUAUUCCUUCCGGAAGAACAAUACAUUACGGAUGCCGCAGUCACCGGUUUGCAACACUAUCAUCUGUCGCGCAUGUUGUUGAUUGCACACAACCCCAAGGUUCCGAGGCUCGGAACCGCUUUCCGAGUGAUGGAGGAAGAAUUGAAGCAAACUGUCCGAGUGAUAUGCGGGCUUGCAGUGGCAAACGAACGAACGGCACCGGCUCAUGUCAACGGGUGUAUAGCUAUUGCAAUGGCAGGCGACCGGUUUACCGACCGAAAAGAACAGGAGGAGUUGUACAGAAUCCUCCUAAAAACCGAUAGAAGACUAGGAUGGCCUACUCACGCAGCACGAGCCCAACUUAGAGAAGCUUGGGGCUGGGAAGAAGACUCGCCAUCGCCCCCAUCCAUGCCUAUUGCCGGCAUGUUGAACGCCAAUGCCCGGGCGCGCGACGCGGAGAGCACAUAA